GAUGUUCCUGGUAUCGCACUAAUACUAGUCCCAUACGCAAGAAGUGAACAAAAACCCGACCAUGUCGACCAAGGAGCUUGUGCCCCCGGCGGAAGAAGAGAUUACAGAUAUUAUCGUCCAGAGGGUGCCGUACUGGGACCCCCCGGCGGUGAAGCCGCUGGACACGAGCGAGCUGUCCGAGUGGUCUCUAUACCGCGCUCUCAUCGGCGAGUUCACGGCGUCGCUCAUCCUCGUCUACGUGAGCAUCGCCACCGUCAUCGGGUACAAGUUUCAGUCCUCCGGCCCCGACGACAGGUGCAUCGGCGUCGGGUACCUCGGCGUUGCCUGGUCCUUCGGCGCCACCGUCUCCGUCCUCGUCUACUCCACCAGCGGCGUCUCGGGCGGGCACAUCAACCCGGCGGUGUCCUUCGCGUUGUUCCUGGCCGGCAAGGUGACGCUGGUGCGCGCCGUGCUAUACAUGGUGGCGCAGUGCCUCGGCGCCAUCUGCGGCGUGGGCAUCGUGAAGGGGAUCAUGAAGCACCCAUAUAACUCCCUCGGCGGCGGCGCAAACUCGGUGGCCGGGGGCUACUCGCUCGGAGCGGCCCUCGGCGCCGAGACCUUCGGCACGUUCGUGCUCGUCUACACCGUCUUCUCCGCCACCGACCCCAAGCGCACGGCGCGGGACGCUUUCGUCCCGCUGGUGGCGGCGCUGCCGAUCGGUCUAGCGGUGUUCGUGGUGCACCUGGCGACCAUACCUAUCACCGGCACGGGCAUCAACCCGGCGAGGAGCCUGGGCGCCGCCGUGCUUUACAACCAGCACAAAACGUGGAAGCAGCACUGGAUCUUCUGGGUCGGGCCGUUCAGCGGCGCAGCCUUGGCGGCGUUCUACCACAAGGUCGUGCUGCGCGACAUUGCUGUAAUCAAGGAGGCGCUGCUGAGCUCGUUCAGGAUGACCGGCUAGCCUUCCACCUUUUGAAGAUCGAGGAGAGGAAACCAUGCAUGCGCAUUUCAUAUAUGUGCCGCCCAUGCAAUGAGAGAAUCGAUCAAAGUUGUUGAUUGGUUUUAUUUCUCGGCUCUAGAAUGUAAGCAAUCUUGCUAUAGUAUAGUUAAUUAUCCAUAUUAUCAUAUAUGUCUCGUGUAGCUGCAUGGUUCGCGUGUACGCGAAUAACUACGUUAUUCCUUUGUAACGCAUGUUUACGUUUA